AAAUGGCUAAAGCGACAACAAUCAAAGAUGCCUUAACCAAAUGGGAAGAACGUACAAAAGAAGAUUCAACCAAAGCUGUCGAUAUUGGUUUACAAUUUCAAUGGCCGCCAAUUGAGAAAAUGGAUGGUACUCUUAAUACAUUGCUGGAAUGUCGUAAAUUAAGUUUAUCUUCGAAUAUGAUUGAAAAAAUUACCGGAAUUGGCAAUUUGAAAAAUUUGCGUAUACUCUCCUUGGCGCGAAAUAAUUUAAAGGCUAUCAGUGGAAUUGAACCGUUAGCCGACACAUUGGAGGAAUUAUGGGUUAGCUAUAAUGUCAUAGAGAAAAUUAAACCCAUUGAAGUUAUGAAGGCUUUGAAGGUAUUUUAUAUAUCUAAUAAUUCGAUUAAAGAUUGGGCGGAGUUCAAUCGUAUGGGUGCUGCUCCUAAAUUGGAAGAGAUUUCCUUCAUUGGUAAUCCUCUGUAUGAAUCAAUGGAAGAGAAUACAUUUCGCAGUGAAGCCAUUCGACGUUUACCAAAUCUUAAGAAAUUAGAUGGUGAACCGGUUAUUAGAGGAGAUUAG